AUGGCCUCCAGGUCGGGGGCCGGUCCUGGCCGACACCCUGCACAUCCAAACCCCGCUCGAGACGCCGAGGAUGACUUCCCGCCGCUUCCUCUGCCCCGAUUUCCGUCCCUGCGCACGUCGAGCGGUGAGCUACAACCAUCUCGCCCGGCUUCACCUUCACGACCAAGUGCCAACGCCAACGCCGCCACCGUUGCUGCCGGCCCCGGCGGACUCAACGGUCGACCUCCCACAAGAUACUGGUCCGCCGCCGCCAGAAGAGCCGAGCGCAUCCGCAACCUCGACGACAGAGACAGAGCCCCCAGUCUGGAUGACCUGGAAUCCAACUCCGUGGACCCGUCGUGGUCCUCGACAUCCGGGCGUCGCCAUCCACGACUACGGCCACUCGACUCCGCUUCCCACCAUCGACGACCCAACCUGGACGAGCUGGACCAGACCCUCGACGAGGCCAACUCGCAGCUUCGCACCCUUCUCGAAAUGACAAACCACAUCAACCUCAUGACGCCCUUUGUCCGUUCGACCCUGUCGCCCACUAUCCGCCCCCACGACUUCUCCGAUGACAAUCUCCCAACCAAGCGUCGCAAGAUCGACUCAAACAGGCUCGUACCUAGCUUCAAGGGCUUCCGAUACGGCAAGUAUGGCCAGGUUGAACCAGGCCACCUGCAAAUGGAGAUUGUGAGCUGCGACGGCGGCAUGUUUUCCAACGAGUCGUCCUACGCCGCCGAGAAUAUCCUCAAGGACGACAGCUCGGUAUACUGCACCAAGGGCAACAGAUGUAAUAUUGUGCUGCGACACCAAGGCGCCACCGUCUUCACCCUGGAGGAACUCAUAAUCAAGGCUCCUGCCUCGAUGAAUUAUUCUCACCCGGUCCGCGAAGGCAUGGUCUUCAUCGCCAUGAACCAAGACGACAUCCUCAGUCGCACGGCCCAAUACCAAAUCCAAUACGUCCCCUCCAACCGCGUCACGUACGACGACCACACCACUCGUCACUCCCUCGCUCGCGACCCAACACCCCGUCACAUUGUUUCCAUCCGCCACCACCACGACGGCACAACCUCUACCCGCGUGCGCCGCUCCGUCUACCCCUCCCUCUCUCGCUCACACGACAACGAUGAGCACGACCACCGCACCCCCGAAAUGCCAGACGAGUUCUCCGCAAACCAGCCCGACUUCCGCAUCACCACUGAAUGCACCUCAGACGAAGAAGACUACUCCGCGCCCCACAACCUCCGCCGCACACCUAACCGCAUUGGCUUCCUGCCCUUUGAGACAGAGACCUCUGAUUCCGAAGAAGGCCCCUUCACAGACGACUUCACCGAAUCCUUUCACCGGCAAAUCCACCCUCCUUCGGCAUCUUCGACGUCCCAUCCUUCACACCCAGUCCGCCCUCGCACUGAACGUCUCUCCGUCUCCCUGGCAGAAGCAUGGGACGCCCACGCCACGGCCACGCAAGAAGCCAUUCGCGCAGUAGGAGGCGAGCUGCUCGUCCCUCACGCCAAGUUCUUCAUCGAGAAGAAGAAAUCAAAGUGUACCAUCCGAUUCGACCCCCCCGUUUCAGGACGCUUCAUUCUUCUGAAGAUGUGGAGCUCGCACCAUGACGUUGCGGGUAAUAUUGACAUACAGAGUGUCAUGGCCAAGGGGUAUGCUGGACCACGCUACUUCCCCUCGGUGGAGCUGAGUUGA